GAGAAUUUGAAAUUUCAAUUUGUUUGAUUAGACACAAUGAUUAAGAUUUUUAUUACAUAAAAAGAAAAAAAAAAUUGGAGAAGUAUAAACACAUACAUAGCGGUGAAAGAAGAAACCCAACGGUCACUCAAAAGCGCAUUGAAGAGUCAAGCAAGACUUGGAUCUGUCUCUUUCGUUUCUCUAUCUCUGUUUCGGAUUCCUAAGAGAAAUGGUGGAAUCGGAGCUAAGCUAUGAACAGAUUCGUUUGAAUAGGGUGGAAGAGAACAAGAAGAGAAUGGGGGAGCUUAAUCUCAACAAGCUUGCUCAAUCUCUUCGUGUCUCUUCUUCUUCUUCUUCUUCUUCCAAGCCCUCACCAGCAAAGCCAAGAACGAUGCGUAUUCCAGUGGAUUUCUCGGAGGUCAGGAGAUCAAGCCGUGCCAAAGGUCCACCUCCAAGUUAUAAAGAGUUUGGGCUAGAACCACUGGAGAGGAGGCCAAGAAGGAGCUCUCGAAGAAGAGAUUUGCUGAAUCGGGUAUAUGCUUCGGACGACGCAAGAAUGUACGCAUUCGACAGGGCAGAGAAGCUCCAGUCAAGCUUAGAUUCAGAAUAUGCAAGCUUUACCAAACCAAUGCUCCAAUCACACGUGACCGGAGGAUUUUGGUUGGGUUUGCCGCUUCCUUUUUGCAAGGCACAUAUGCCAAAACGUGAUGUAAUAAUGACUUUGGUUGACGAAGAAGAGGAGGAAUCUCAGGCGAAAUACCUUGCUCAGAAGAACGGUCUUAGUGGAGGCUGGCGAGGUUUCGCCAUUGAUCACCAGUUAGUCGAUGGAGAUGCUGUAGUGUUUCACCUUAUCGCUCGAACAACGUUCAAGGUGUAUAUCAUUAGGGUAAAUGAUGAUGCAAACAAUGAUUCAGAUGGGAAUGAGGUAAAUGAUGAUGAUUCAGAUGGGAAUGAAGAAGAUCGAGAUAAUGAUAAUGAAUCAAACGAGAAACAGAAGGAAACUGUUUCAGAAGGUAGACAGUUGAGAAGCAGUGGUAAGAGGAAAAGACGAGGAAGAAAGUAGAGUUUGAAGGUUUAAAUGGGACUUCUAGUUCUAUGGAAGGAGUGGGAAGAUGAACUAAAACUUAACAUAACAGCUUUUUGCGAGUUUUUUGGCUGAACAGUGAAGUUGUGCAAUGAGGGGAUUGUUUUUGUGUCUUGUUAUGGAGACAAACAUGGAACGUUACGGCUAAAUAUUUUGAUUUUGGUAACUACGAUUAUUUCAUGAUAUUUUAUGAUUUGGAUAAGGGAAAGAGAAACAAACUUU